AUGAAUUCUGAAUUUGUUUUAGAAUAAUUAGCUCUUGGUAAACGAAUAGAUGGUCGAGAUCCCUUAUAAUAAAGAAUGAUUUAAUGUCAUUUCGGACCUUAGAGUACUGGGGCAGUUGAAUUAAGUCUAGGUGAAACAAGAGUAUCAAAUAAUAAUUAAAUUUAAUUAAGGUAUUUGCAACAACUAGUGCCUCAAUUACAACACCCAAUCCAAUAAGACCAUCAGAAGGUUUCCUUAAAUUUCAUUUGGAUUUAUAAGUAUUGAGAGAUACAGGAUAUAUGCAUAAUCCAAUUAAAUUGGGCAUGGAAAUUGAAAAAUAUAUUGAAAAAGUAAUUAAAGGAUCUAAGUAUAAAAUUUAUUAAAUAAAGAGCUCUUGAUACUGAGUCUUUAUGUAUUUUAUCUGGCAAAAAUGUUUGGUCUAUAGAUGUAAAUGUAGCCUUAAUUAAUAAUGAUGGUAAUCUAUUAGAUGCUAUGUAUCUAUGUUGUAUUUUCUCAUUACAGCAUUUUCGAAGACCAUAAGUAAGUGUUUCUCUUUAGGGAGUAAAAGUAGAAAUUGAAAAGAGAUUGGUACCAUUAAGUAUACAUCAUAUUCCUUUGAGUCUCACAUAUGCAAUCUUAGAAUUGAAUGAAUAAACAAUUCUCUUAUAAGACCCAUGUGUAUUAUGUUUUAUAGAUUUUUUAGUUAGAAGAAGAAGCUAUAUAGAAUGGAAGAAUAACUUAUAGUGUAAACAUUUAUAAUGAUAUAUGUCAUGUGCAUAAACCUGGAGGAUCACCUUUUAAUAUUUCAAUUUUAUAAUAAUUGACAACUGUAACAUUGAUGAAAUCAAAGCCAUAUACAGAAGAAAUAAGAAAUCUUUUAAUUAAUAAUAAGGGUUUCCCUACAGAGAAGACAAUUACUUUGUUCAAAUUUGAAUUACCUAAAUAAACAAGUGAUGCCAUAUAGGUUGAGUAAUUAGAGUAAUUGUAUAAUUAAUGA